CGGGAAGGGGGGGCUCUUUGGACCUAGGGCGCGACGCUCGGCCGGCGGAGGCAGUUUCCCAUCUUCCUUGGCUCAGUGGUGCCCUGUCUCCAUCUUCAGAGCUAAGUCACCUGUCCCUGACGGUCCUGCUGUUGUCACAUCUCAUCCUGACUCCGCUCCACCGAAAAUUCAGGACGAUAUCCAUAGUUUAAAGACAGCCGACCAGCAACCUUACUUCGGUCUACAACCGUAAUUCUCCUUAGCAAUAACCUAACGUAGUCACAGAUUCUGGGGAUUAGGAGGUGGACACCUUGAAGGGGGCAAUCCAUCUGAAUGCACAAAAGGAAGGCUGUACAGUACGUCUGCUCAUGCAAAGACAGCAUUCAGAUACUAAAUAUGCCAUAAGAAGCUCUGGGGAUAGAAUGUAGUGGACCAUUUAUAUGAGUUAAAUAUAUUGAUAGCCUUUGAUUACAAGUUUUUAAGAAUAUUGAUUUUAAAAGGCAUUUCAAUAAUGUUACAGUUUCUGCUUUCUGGAAGUGUAAUAAGAGAAUUUCAUAUGCCUGGGAUUCCUGGGCAGAACAAAUAUGUGGAUCAAGAUCCUGCAUAAUUCUAUAAAUUUUGAGUGUUUUCAGUGUGUAAACUUGCAUUGCGCGUUGGUGGGUACAAGAAGGAGUGGACAUGGUCCCUGGUCUCAAGGUCAUGACCAUCUAUCUAUCUAGUCAGGUACACAAAUGACACAGGUACACAAACAAUUAAAACUCCCCAAAAGAGGGAGACACACCAUCCUUUUGGAGGAUCAGAAAAGGCCUCAAGAACUUGUGGGGAAAUUUGGGAUAGACGUUGAAGAACAGUUUGAACUCAUUUCAGACUUACAGACGACAAGUGGCAAGGAAUCAUGGCAGCUGAUGAAAACAACAAAAAACAAGUUCUCAAGGAGGAUUUGCUAGAUGAAGAACUUGUGAAAGACAAACAAACUCAGGAAUUAAUUGAUGAGAUGUUAAAGGAGAAUAAUUACUUAAAGACAGAGAUCCAAAAGCUUAAAGAUGAGUUACAGGAGACCAUCGGAAACUCUCAGAUCAAAGAGGACAUUCCAGAAACAAAGAUGAAAUUCACAUCUUUAGAGAAUCCUGAGAAUGAGAGCCAGUUUUUAAAUAUCUCCUGUUCAUUUCAAGUGAGCUCACCAAUUCCUUAUGAGCUACACAAAGGAGAAGCGCUCAUCACCUUCGAAGAAGAAGAGGUUGCCCAAAAUGUGAUCAGAAUGGGAAAACACCAUGUGCAGAUAAAGGAUAUAGAUGUGAAGGUUAUGGCCAAGCCAGUUCCAUUAAAACCAGGAGUCAGAUUCCAGAUUCAUGUAGAAGUGUCUAAAGUGAAGAUCAGCGUUACUGACAUUCCUGGUGCAUUGCCUGAAAAUCAGAUGAGAGACAAGCUAGAGCUGAGCUUUUGUAAGUCCCGGUACGGAGGCGGAGAAGUGGAAUGUGUGGAGUACAAUAAGCAGGCCGGAAGUGCUGUCAUCACGUUUGUGGAAAGUGGAGUUGCUGACAAGAUUUUGAAAAACAAAGACUAUCCUCUUUAUAUAAAUCAAGACUGCCAUAGAGUUGCUGUUUCUCCUUACAUGGAAACACACUUGAAAAAGUUCCAGGUAUUUUCAGGAAUAUCUAAGAGGACGGUGCUUCUGACGGGAAUGGAAGACCUUGACAUGAUGGAUGAGGAGAAUGUAGAGGAUUUAGUUGGCAUUCACUUUCAGCGGGAGAAGAAUGGAGGUGGAGAAGUAGAUACUAUCAAAUGUUCUCUCCAUCAACCCUACAUAGUAUACUUUCAAGAAUAGGCUCAUGGAGUCAUAUGACAAUUAGAGCUUCUGAGCCCAAAUUAUCAUCGGCAUUAGGCAAAAAUGGGUAUCUUUCUCCUUAAAAAAAAAGAAAACUAAUUCUCAGUGUCCAUAUAUUUUUAGAGGCAAAUACAUUUGUAUGGUUCUGAAUGUUUCUUUGUUUCCAGCUGUGCUGCAUAUUUAGAAAUGCAAUAAGCUCACUAUAUUAAAAACAGUCUUGUUCAUAAAUUACAUGGAUUGGUGCCAUGCCUGUUGAAAUCAACCGUAAAUGAUACAGUUGUCUUCCUGCCAUGUUGGCUCCUUCCGUCAUAAUGCUAUGGGCCAAUUCUGGUUUGGCCCCGGGUCCACCAGUAUGCACAUUUGACUUUGCAAGUUUCCCAAAAGAAUUCUUACAUUCAGCAGUUUGUAAUUUCUGUAGACUGUACUGAAUUUUCACGGGACUUCAAGAGUUAUCACUUCCCAUUUUCCGAAGAAUUUCCACAGCUCCAAAGCUAUUUCUCAGAGCCAAGUGGAGUUGUUUUCUUGAACUUUCCUUUACCCAGAGUGUCAAAGGCCCUUUAUUCCUUCUAAGACAUCUUCUCUCCAAAUUGAACUUGUGAAGACCAGAAUUUUCUUUCUUUUACACUUACAGUAGGAAAAAUAGGUUUAAGGGAUUGACAGCCUUGGAAUAAAGAGAGAGGUAAAUGCAAAGCUACUGGCUCAUCAUUCAUGCUUGAUGCUGGGCAACGUCUGAAGGUAAAAACACAGUACCUGCCUUUUAGCAGCUAAACUUUAGUUGGAGAGAGACCCAGUUUAUUAGCAUUCCACUGUGUUAACGUGAAGAAACUUUAAAUGGUCAAAUUCAAGGUUCCUAUUCAGAGAGGGUAAAAUUCUAUUUGACAGAGAACUUUUGUACAUGUUUUUGUCUUAAUAAGGCAUGUUUCAUGAAGAGCCAACAGCAGAAUUAAAUUCGUAUUAAAACGCUGGUAGAAAUGAAAUGCUUUUAGGAAAGAUCCUAAACCUAAACCUGUUAAAUGCUGCUUGCCAUCUAAAAUAAACGAAGAAAAGCUAAAAAA